GCACAAUAAUGAAUUCAACGAAUCGCAAAAGAGUUGCUCCAAAGCAAACAAAAUGCAGAAUAGUAGACUCAAGACUAGCAUUCAAUCAAAAAAACCUCAGAUCUUUAGUGUUCAAAUGAGGUCAGGACACUUACCAUAUGCGUCCUGUACCUCCCAAGGAAUUACGAAGCUCAUUGAAGGAAAAAAUCGUAAAUGCUAAUUACCAGAAGAAAGAAGAACCCUCUCACGCUUCCAAACAUAACUCAGGCUCAAAAUCUCCCCUACCUCAAAACCUCACAAUGAACCUCCAAAACCGCCAAAUCCGGUUCAAAUCCCCUCUACUGCCUUCUCCAGCAAGAAAUAAGACUCUCAGAAUUCCCUACUUUAACACCAACAACAAGUGCUUGUCUGAACAGAGGCAGUCGGAUCGAAUUUUUGGAGAAGAUUUAGGCUCUGUUUAUAUUGUAUUACAGAAAUAAUCAAGUUAAACAGCUCUCUAAAUGAGCUAAAAAACAAUUAACAGUUGAGAGAAAUGUGACAAAGAUAAGACAAGACACUCAUAAAGAACUGACACAUGUGAAGAGAACAAAGAUAGAGAGGAAACGACCUAAGUGAAGCUCUCCAAUAAAAGUGACAGAAUCCCCUUUUCCAAUAGUAUCUGAACGCUUUCAAAAGAUGCUUCAAAACUAUUUAAAGAGAAACGGAAGUACAAACCAAAGAUCUAGACAAAACGAAUCUACCAUCACUUCUCGAGGAAGCAUCUACACCCCAGCAAAUUCUAACUUCUCCUAUUCCAAAAUAACUGACGAUUCCAGUAUCGUCCAGCACCUCACCAUCAAGUCAAGCCCUAUCCCAAAAAGACCAGAUUCCCAAAAGCCUCUAUCUAGACCCUCAACUUUCAAGCCAAAACCCCCUUCAAACCACCUCUCCUGCUCCAAAUCCAAUCGCAAAAAGAAAGUGGAUGAGCUCCUGAUGCUAAUCACUGAGAAAGAACUCUGUGAAUACAGACAAAAUAUCACAAAUUGCUUGUACAAGGCAAGGCCCAACAACAUUAGUGAUUAUUGCUAACCUCUAUUUUAA